AUGAUUACGUCACUCUCACUACUAGCUCGAAUUCCUCUCUCGCCAACUAACGACGGUUCUGUUAGUAGUCGGAGUUUCACUCGCCGGCGAUCCAUCGUUUUUCCGUCGAAGCAAUGGAGGUGUUCAGUUUCUCCCGGCCAACCGCAUCCGCCGAAACAGCGGCAGCGUCAAUUCAAGAACACAGAAGACGGAGAAAAAGGAGUCGAUCCUGUUGGAUUUCUUUCUAAAUCUGGAAUUUCGCACAAAGGUUUCGCUCUUUACCUCCGUGAAAGAUAUAAAUCUCUCAAGGAUCUAAAAGACGAAAUCUUGAUGCGCCACAUUGAUUUCAGAGACAUGGCUUCCGGAUUUGAAUUGUUAGGAAUGCACCGCAACGUGCAACAUCGAGUGGAUUACAUGGAGUGGGCCCCAGGUGCACGCUACUGUGCGGUUGUUGGAGACUUCAACGACUGGUCUCCAACUGAAAAUUGUGCACGAGAGGGUCAUUUCGGGCACGAUGAUUAUGGUUAUUGGUUUGUCAUUCUUGAAGACAAGUUAAGAGACGGAGAAGAUCCUGAUGAGCUCUACUUUCAACAGUACAAUUAUGUCGAUGAUUAUGAUAAAGGCGACAGCGGUGUUACUGCUGAAGAAAUUUUCAAGAAAGCAAACGACGAAUACUGGGAACCCGGAGAAGACCGGUUGAUAAAAUCACGUUUUGAAAUCGUGGCCAAGUUAUACGAAGAGAUUUUUGGACCAAACGGGCCUCAAACAGAAGAGGAAUUAGAAGAUAUACCCGAUGCUCGGACAAGAUACAAUAUGUGGAAAGAACAACAUAAAGAUGAUCCACCCACCAAUUUACCGGCGUAUGAUGUGAUUGAUAGCGGAAAAGAAUACGAUAUCUUUAAAGUCAUCGAUGACCCUGUUUCACGAGCAAAGUUUCGUGCUAAAAAACCUCCGAUUGCAUAUUGGCUCGAGACUCGUAAAGGAAGGAAAGCAUGGCUAAAAAAGUAUGCACCUGCUAUCCCUCAUGGAAGCAAGUAUAGAGUGUAUCUUAACACCCCUAGUGGACCUUUAGAACGGAUUCCGGCUUGGGCUACUUAUGUGAAUCCCGAGGCUGAGGGAAACCAAGGAUAUGCAAUCCAUUGGGAACCUCCUCCUGAAGAUGCAUAUACAUGGAAACAUAAGAAUCCGAAGGUUCGAAAGACUUUGCGUAUAUAUGAAGCACAUAUUGGUAUUAGUGGAUCAGAGCCAAAGAUCGCGUCUUUUAGGGAGUUCAAGGAGAAGGUUCUCCCUCAUGUUAAAGAAGCUGGAUACAACGCAAUACAGUUAAUCGGCAUUGUGGAGCACAAAGAUUAUUUCACCGUUGGUUAUAGAGUAACCAAUAUGUUUGCCGUCAGCAGUCGAUAUGGGACACCUGAAGAUUUCAAGCACUUAGUUGAUGAAGCACAUGGACUUGGAUUGCUCGUCUUCAUGGACAUCGUUCAUUCUUAUUCGGCUGCAGAUGAGAUGGUUGGAUUAGCUCUUUUUGAUGGAUCAAAUGACUGCUAUUUUCAUACCGGUAAGCGAGGACACCAUAAGUUUUGGGGUACAAGAAUGUUCAAAUAUGAAGAUCUUGAUGUCCUCCAUUAUCUUCUCUCGAAUCUAAAUUGGUGGGUAGUUGAAUACCAUAUUGAUGGUUUCAAUUUCCAUUCUCUUGCAUCAAUGAUGUAUACGCACAACGGGUUUGCUUCAUUUACCGGUGAUAUGGAGGAGUUCUAUAACCAGUAUGUUGACAGGGCCGCGUUAUUAUAUCUCAUUUUGGCAAAUGAGAUAUUGCAUGAUCUUCAUCCAAAUAUAAUAACCAUUGCGGAAGAUGCCACGCUUUAUCCUGGAUUAUGUGAACCUACUUCUCAAGGUGGGUUGGGAUUCGAUUACUUUGUAAACCCUCGUGCAUCGGAGAUGUGGUUGUCGUUUCUAGAGAACGAUCAAGAUUCGAAUUGGAGCAUGAGUAAGAUCGUGAAUACGCUCGUAGGGAUCGGCAAAAGUUCGGAUAAAAUGCUUUUAUACGCCGAAAACCACAACCAGUCCAUAUCCGGAGGGCGGUCUUUUGCAGAAAUAUUGUAUGGUCGAGCCUUGAAGCAACCGUCAACCAUGAAUGACUCGUUGCUUAGAGGUUGUUCUCUACAUAAGAUGAUCAGAUUAAUCACCUACACAAUUGGUGGUCGUGCUUACGUAAACUUUAUGGGAAAUGAAUUUGGGCAUCCAGAGCGAGUAGAAUUCCCGAUGUCGAGUAACGGUUUUUCAUUCUCGCUCGCUCACCGGCGCUGGGAUCUAAUCGAGCAAGAAGGGGUUCAUAGAGAUCUUCUUUGUUUCGACAAGGACAUGAUGAACUUGGAAAACAAAGAAAGAAUAAUUUCGAGAUGGCUUCCGAAUAUUCAUCAUAUCAACGACGCUAAUAUGGUGAUCUCAUAUUUACGAGGCCCGUUUCUCUUCAUAUUCAACUUUCAUCCCACAAAUUCAUACGAUAGAUACAAUGUCGGCGUGGAAGAAGCCGGAGAGUAUCAAGUAAUCUUGAACACAGAUGAACGGAAGUACAGUGGUCAAGGAUUGAUAGAGCAGGAUCAGUACGUUCGAAAAACCAUGAGUAGAAGGGUUGACGGCAUGCGUAAUUGUUUAGAAAUACCAUUGCCGAGUAGAAGUGGUCAGGUUUAUAAACUGACCCGAAUCUUGAGAGUGUGAACAUAGCGAGUAUGUGAUAUACUUAUCCGGGCCUUAUGGGCCCGUAAAUUUUGUUCGAAUAGAAACGGGCCAUUCGAGCAUACGGGCAUUUUAUGCCAGUGUGGCAAAUGCAAGUAUUCACGAGGUACCGUUUUCUUUGGGUUAUAAGUUUAGUGUACGAUGUCGAACUUGUAUUUAACAAACAAGUUUGUUGUAAUAUUAUUCAUUUUCUA